AUGUUGUUCAGGGAGCUCCUGGCCACAGCGCAGUGCCUCGAUCAGGAACGGAUUCGACCCGGCAGGUAUCUGAAUUGGUGCCUUGCUGUGUGCAUUGCCUCAGCUGACUUGGUAUUUGAGAUGAGCCGUUUGCCAAGAUGUGUCCAGGCGAGGUACAAAGCUAAAGCGAUAUGCCGUUUGGUAGCAUCCUAUAGACUCUGUGCCAUACCCUCUUUCCUAAAGGUGGGUACGACUUCAGGAAUGCUGCUGCUGAAAAGCAUCCGCGCAGGACUGAGGAGAAUGGUGUUUGAAACCAGAGGCCACAGUAAAUCCAGCCCCGUCUUCACGAACGGCAUGGCUGAGAAAACAGAGGUGCUCAGUGAAGACCUGUUGCAGAUCGAGAGACGUCUUGACACUGUGAGAUCUGUCUGCCACAUUGCACAGAAGCGAUUAAUUGCAUGUUUUCAAGGCCAACAUGGUACAGAUCCUGAGAAGAGGCAUAAAAAACUUCCUCUGACAGCCCUUGCUCAAAAUAUGCAAGAAGGAUCUGUCCAGCUCAGUGAUGAAACUCUGUUGGGGAAAAUGCUAGAUACGUGUGGUGAUGCAGAGAAUAAACUGGCGAUGGAGCUCUCUCAGCAUGAAGUACAGAUCGAAAGAGAAGUUUUAGAUCCACUGUGUCUGCUGACGGAGACAGAGAUCCCGAACAUUCAGAAGCAGAGGAAACAGCUUGCAAAGCUGGUGUUGGACUGGGAUUCUGCAAGAGGAAGGUAUAAUCAAGCCCACAAGACUUCAGGAACAAAUUUUCAAGUGCAUCCUUCAAAAAUAGAAUCUCUAAAGGAGGAGAUGGAUGAAGCUGGAAAUAAAGUAGAACAAUGCAAGGAUCAGCUAGCAGCAGACAUGUACAACUUUGUGUCCAAAGAAGGGGAAUAUGCUAGAUGUUUUGUUAUGUUAUUAGAAGCACAAGCAGAUUACCAUAGAAAAGCAUUAGCAGUCAUAGAAAAGGUCCUACCCGAAAUUCAAGCCCAUCAAGACAAAUGGACUGAAAAACCAGCUUUUGGAACUCCAUUAGAAGAGCAUCUCAAGCGCAGUGGCCGUGAAAUUGCCGUCCCUAUUGAAGCCUGUGUAAUGAUGCUUUUGGAAACGGGAAUGAGAGAGGAGGGCUUAUUCAGAAUUGCUGCUGGAGCCUCCAAGUUGAAAAAGCUGAAAGCUGCCUUGGACUGUUCAACUUCCCAGCUUGACGAAUUUUAUUCCGAUCCCCAUGCUGUUGCAGGUGCCUUGAAAUCCUAUUUGCGAGAGUUGCCAGAACCUUUAAUGACCUACAGUCUGUAUGAAGAAUGGACGCAAGCUGCAAAUAUUCAGGACCAGGAUAAGAAGCUGCAAGAGUUAUGGAGAAUUUGUAACAGAUUACCUAAACAUUAUCAUGCUAAUUUCAGGUAUUUAAUCAAAUUUUUAGCAAAGCUUGCACAGAACAGCGAUGUUAACAAAAUGACACCCAGCAAUAUUGCAAUAGUCUUGGGCCCCAACUUGUUAUGGGCGAAGAAUGAAGGAUCCCUUGCUGAAAUGGCAGCAGCAACGUCGGUCCAUGUGGUAGCAGUUAUUGAGCCAAUUAUUCAGCAUGCAGACUGGUUCUUCCCUGGAGAUCAAGAUUUCAAUGUGUCUGGGGCAUUUGUUGCAAUUAAUUCAAAUCACUUGUCGCACACUGGGAAUGAAUAUGAGUCUGGGACACUGGAACGGAAGCGGCCUGUUAGUAUGACUGUAAUGGAAGGGGAUUUAUUGAAGAAGGAAAGCUUUGGUGUCAAGGUUAUGGACUUCCAGGCGAACCCUCGGAGAUGUGGCACUAUAAAUAGAAAGCACACAUCCCCAGCCUUCCAGCCACCACUUCCACCCACGGAGGCUGGCGUGUUGGCUCAGGCUGGAGCGGAGCAGCACUCCCAAGCUUCUGGGGCUGAAACAAGCCCAGUGGGUGCUGGUUCUGCUCUCUCUGCUGGCACAGCAGAACAGUUACAAAGUCAAGGAAAUGAGGAUGUCAGUACCUCAAAAUCUAAGGACAACACGUCUUCAGCUACUCCUCCACCGGUGAGAAAUGGCGGGCAUGCGGGCGCUGUCCAGAACCAGUCGACAAGUGGCACUAAUCAACUUUCAGUUAAUCAGCCACAGAAUGCGGCCGGUCCCAGUCCCCACGCAAUGAGGAGAGCUGUUAAGAAGCCUGCGCCAGCCCCUCCGAAGCCAGCCAACCCGCCACCAGGGCAGCCGGGAAGCCAAAGCUCUGCCCCAGCUGCUCAGCCACCUUCUGUCUCUCCAAAACCACCUGCUAGAAGUUCUUCUCCUCCUGCUCAACAUGCAAACCAAGGAGCAGCCCAGACUUCCACUUGCCAGGUUUCCGCACCUCGGAGAUAUUCCAGCAGUGUUUCCCCAAUACAAGCUCCCAGCCAUCCACCACCACAACCCCCAACACAGGCUACUCCUCCACCGCAGCCCAAAUCAAACAGUCAAACAUCUCCUGCUGCACCCAGCAGCGAGCAUGGACCAGAGCAGCCCUGUUACACUCCUCCGCAGACUCCAACACCACCCGAUACACCCCCUCUGGGAAAACAUAAUACUAGUUCCCCAUCAUCACAGCCACAGCCCUCCACUCAAGAAAGCUCCCAGUCUCACUCUCCAACGCAGAGUGGUACGCUGCCGAGGCCACGGCCGGUCCCAAAGCCCAGAAACAGACCUAGUGUUCCUCCUCCUCCUCAUCCUCCUUCUCAGCUGGCUGGAGAUGGUGUUAUUGCAAACUCCUCACAAACAGCUUCCAAAAUAGUAACAGACUCUAAUUCCAGUAUUCAAGAACCACUUCAAAGCCCUUCUUCAGAGCUUCUUACGGGGACAGUGAGCAAAGAACUGCACAACCACCACCUCAUGCUCGAUAUUGACAAUGAUACGGAAAGCACUGCUCUGUAAUGGAAACUCUCCGACUCCUUAAAGAUUCCUCUCCUG